AUGUCCGACCAAAGGGUUUUUGCUAGAUAUAAAGCAAAUGAAAUUGUCACUGACCUACAGAAUUUUGGAGUGAAAAAGUUCAAAUCCAAUACAACAAGAAGGAAAAAUGCCCUAAGAAAAAUUAUCGCAAAUUUGACGCUAGGGAACUAUGGUGAAAUGUCUCUUCUAUUUUCUGAGCUUUUAAAAUUUUGGCAGAUUGAAGAUGAUUUAGAAGUGAAAAGAAUUUGUCAUGAAUAUAUAAGAGUGAUGGGCGUAAUAAAACCCCAACAGGCUAAAGAGGCAUUGCCUUUCAUAAUGGACGAUUUCAAAAGUAGAGACGAAAAAUUGCAGAUGAUGGCAUUGAGGACUUUGGUAUUAGUUCCCUUAAGGGAGUUCUCCGACCAAGCUUUCGACUGCAUAAUAUCGUUGGUAAAUCACAAAGCUCCACCUGAAGAUGUCACAAGGAUGGCAAUCUACGCAUUACUAGAUUUGGAUGAAAUUGAUCAUGAAAGGGUCUUAGGUUUAUCAAGCAUUCUUCAUGACAUUGUAAGAUUGCAAUCAAGCCCUCCGGAAGUUGUUGUAGCUGCAUUACACACUUUGUAUUCUGUUCAUGAGAAGAACGCUAAUAUGGAAGCAUUUGGAAUUUCUUUAGACCUAGCAUUCAAUAUGCUAGAACUUUUACCCGAAUUAAAUGAAUGGAACAAAGCAACUGUAUUGGAAAUUCUAACAACUUCUGUUGUACCGCAGCAUUAUUUGGACGCUAACGAAAUGAUCGAGUUGGCCUUACCAUACCUUCAGCAAGUCAACACCUAUGUAGUGUUGAACACUUUGAAAUUCAUCAUGUACUUAUUGAACUAUGUUGAUGUCAUCAAAGAAAGUCUAGCCGAAAAAUUGUCUAAUUCGGUGAUAGCUUUAUUAGACAAACCUCCGGAGCUACAAUUUUUAGUAUUGAGAAAUGUCAUCCUUCUUCUUUUGAGUCGGGAAUCAUCUUUGCUAAGGCUAGACAUUUCAUACUUUUUUAUCGAAUACAAUGAUCCUAUAUAUAUCAAGGACACAAAAUUGGAAUGUCUAUAUCUUUUAGCUGACAAGGAAACAUUGCCAAGAAUUUUAGAAGAACUAGAACAAUACGCUACAGACAUAGAUAUCCAAAUGUCAAGAAAGUCAGUCAGAGCCAUCGGUAACCUGGCUGUUAAAUUAGAUGAAGAUUCAGUCCAUGAUUGUGUCGCUGUCCUGCUGGAUUUGCUAGAGUUCGGCGUUGAUUACGUCGUUCAGGAAAUUAUGUCUGUUUUUAGAAACAUUUUAAGAAAAUAUCCUAAUAAUUUUAAAAAAAAUGUGAAAGAAUUAGUCAAACAUACAGAAGUGGUACAAGAACCUGAAUCUAAAAAUGCAAUGAUUUGGAUAAUCACACAAUACUCGGAUAUCAUCCCUAAUUACCUGGACUUAUUCAAAGUUUUUUCUUCCAAUAUGUUUAAUGAGACGUUAGAGGUGCAGUUUUCAAUCCUGAAUUCAGCAACGAAAUUUUUCAUCAGACGCCCUACAAAGGAAACAGAAGAACUUUGCAUGGAUUUGUUGAAAGGUUGCACCGAUCAGGAAAACAAUCCUGAUUUAAGAGAUAAAGCAUUUAUGUAUUGGAGGUUGUUGUCGUUGACAAAAAUGGCUGAUACUUCGAACACGCUAACUUUUGAAGCUCUAAAGUCAGUGAUAGAUGGAGAAUUGCCACUAAUAGAAAUGAACACAAAAUUAGAUCCUACUGUUUUGGAAGAACUAGAACUAAAUAUUGGUACAAUAGUAUCAAUUUAUCUAAAACCUGUUUCCCAUAUUUUCAGGUUGAAUAAAACAAAAUUAUUGCCACCAAGCCCUGUUCUAAAUCCAAAUAAAGACCUCUUACCAGUAGUCAACAAUUCAUUCUCGCCGACCGGAGCCAAUAGAAACCGCCAAAAUUCAGAAAGUCAGUCUUCAACGAAGUCUAGAAGGACUGCGAUGAUGGAUGAUUAUGAUAAACCCGCUGAAAAAAUCAAUCAGUUGAAGGGGAAACGAAAAUCUAGUUCUAACAACCCCUCAAAACUCUCACGAAAACCCUCAACUCUGCUAAGAAAGCUUUCUAUGAAGAGGCCGUUUUCAUGA